AUGAGAACGCCAACUGCCUCAUCUACAAGCUCAUGUCUAGGAUUGGAUAUCACCACCUCUCUUGGCAAAGGGAUCAUCAUAGACAGAAAUAUUGAUUUCUCCCUGGACCAGGGUAUUGACACCAAGGUGCCAAAAAAUGCAAAACCUUCCUCAGCUGAUCUAAUGGAGUGUGCUGCUGGAGAGGUGGAGGCGGCCAAGGCCGCUGUCCCUCGUUAA